CUUCAAAUAAAGGACUCUCAAAAUAAAAAGAGAAGAUCUAUAAAAUGUAUUGUUUUGAUUCAACUUUCUUCCACUAUAUAAACUAUCUUCUAAUCUGACCACAAUUCCACAUCCUAAGAUCCAACUCUAUCCAUUCCUCCAAAAUUUCUCUCUUUUUUCCUUCCAACACAAAAAACAUGUUACCUUCAACAUUAGUUUCCUCCAUUUCUUUCCAUGAAGACACCAUUACAAACCUUCAUUAUUCAAGAAGAUUACUACUUCACACCCCAUUUCAACCCUCACAACCUACAACACCACUUCACGCUCCAUCACCAACUUACCAAGUACUUGACCCGACCCGUUCAACCCAUGGAAACCCUAGCUUUGAUGCUAACAUAGUCAUGAUCCUAGCAGUCUUAGUUUGUGCCUUAAUUUGUUCAUUAUGCAUUAAUACCUUUAUUAGGUGUGUAAUUAAGUGCUCAAGUAUGAUUACAGGAGAGCCUAAUUACUAUCUGAACAUGAUAGAUUAUGAGAAAAAGAAGGCUAAUGGUUUAGAUAAAAGGGCAUUGAAGACAUUUAAUGUGGUAAAAUAUUCAAAGGAUGUGAAGAUUCAAGGGUUAAGUACAGAGUGUGUUAUAUGUUUAUCAGAGUUUAAGGCAGGAGAAAAAAUUAGGAUUUUGCCUAAAUGUAACCAUGGUUUUCAUGUUAAGUGCAUUGAUAAAUGGCUUAAUUCUCAUUCUUCUUGCCCCACUUGCAGGCAAUCUUUAGUUGACACUUGUCAAAAGGUUAUUGGAUGUAAUGAUGAUCAUCAUCCUCAAGCUACAUCAUCAUCAACACCACCACCACCACCACCAUCAUCAUCAUCGUCAUCGUCAUCGUCAUCAUCAUUAUCAUCAUCAUCAUUGUCUAGGGAGGUAAUUACAGUAACUAUUGUGCCCCUUCAAAGGGAAGAUGCGGUAAGAGAUUACAGGGAUGAAAUCGCUCAGGAUUAGUGAAGAGAGUAUAAUCAAAUGUGAAAUCAUAGUAAUUUUUGUAGGUUUUUUAUCUUUUACUUUAUUUUUUAUAGUUAAAAAUCAUGUAAUCAUUAAAUUUUCAUGUUUUGUUGUACAAAUGAUAGAUGUUUUUUUUAUUAAUUUUUUUAUGUAAUUGUUCUUAGUGCAAUUGUAAAAAAACAGAGCAAUUGAUGAGCAUUUCCUUGUUUUUUCCAUAUAUUUCAAAUUAUCAAAAAAAAUGACUGGAAUUUUGGU